AUGGCUUCUAUAUACAUCGACGAAGACGCUGGAAGAGACGACUCGACCGCCACUGGUUCCGAGUCAGCUCCAUACAAGACCCUCCUCUACGCUUUCCUUCAACACGCCCCUACCGAUGGCGCUCAAUACCUGACUCGCAAAUCCCAGACCGAGCCCACGGGCGAAGGUGCUGAUCCAGCAGCAAAGUUGGAAUGGAAGCCUGCGACCAAGUCGGCGAUAAAGAAGGCAACCAGCUUACUCGAGCAAAAGAAGAAGAAGGCCGCGAAGGAACAAGAACUGGCUAUCCGCGAGAAGAAGCAGGCAGAGGAACGCCAACGUGUCUUGGAGGAAGCGAAGAAGAUCGUGAUAAAGGAUGAUCCCUCUCUGCCAAAGCCAGUUAGGAUCCGGUUAGACGUGACGGACCCUGCCACUGUCACAUUGGGCACGCCAGAGUCAGAUAUCCCUGGAACCCGUGUCCGGGUCCUGGGACGAAUCCACCGUCUGCGUAGUCAGAAAGAUAUGAUCUUUUUGACCCUUGCGGAUGGAUACGGCUACCUGCAGUGCGUUCUGACUGGCCAGCUCACCAAGACCUACGAUGCCAUGACUCUCACCCUCGAAACCUCCAUUGCCCUACACGGAGAGAUGAAGGCCGUCCCCCCCAAGCAGCAUGCGCCUAACAACCGGGAACUUCAUGUCGACUUCUACACGGUCAUUGGCCGUGCCGCCGGCGACAAGGAGGCUAUCACCACCCGAGUCUCCCAGGACGCCGACCACCAAACCCUCUACAACAACCGCCACCUUGUUCUCCGCGGCGAAACUGCUUCCUCCGUGAUGAAAGUGCGCGCUGCCACCUUGAAGGCCUUCCGUCAGACAUUCGACGAGCUGCGCAUGACCGAGGUGACCCCUCCCGCCAUGGUACAAACCCAGGUCGAAGGAGGAAGCACCCUCUUCAAAUUCGAUUAUUACGGCGAAGACGCCUACCUCACUCAGUCCUCGCAACUCUACCUCGAGACCUGCAUUCCCUCUCUUGGAGAUGUCUUCUGCGUCUGCCCCUCCUUCCGCGCAGAGAAAUCCCUCACCCGCCGCCAUCUCUCUGAAUACACGCACAUCGAGUCUGAGCUCGACUUCAUCACCUUCACCGACCUCCUCGACCACCUCGAGGCCGUCAUCUGCCGCGUUCUCGAAAUCGUUCUCGCCGACCCCGUCGCAAAACCGAUUAUCGACACCCUUAACCCUGGCUUCCAGCCCCCAAGCCGUCCAUUCCUCCGCAUGAAGUACUCAGACGCCAUCGAGUGGUUGCGCGAGCACGAAAUCCCCAACGAAGAGGGCAAACCCCACGAGUUCGGCGACGACAUUGCCGAAGCUGCAGAGCGUAAGAUGACAGAUAUCAUCAACCGCCCCAUUUUCCUCACCCACUUCCCUGCUGAGAUCAAGGCCUUCUACAUGAAGAAGGACCCUGAGGACCGCCGUGUCACAGAGAGCGUUGACGUUCUCAUGCCCGGUGUCGGUGAGAUUGUCGGUGGAAGUAUGAGGAUGGACGACUGGGAUGAGCUCAUGGCCGCGUACAAGCAUGAGGGCAUGGACCCCUCGCCGUACUACUGGUACACUGACCAGCGCAAGUACGGAACCUCCCCCCACGGAGGAUACGGUCUUGGUCUGGAGCGUUUCCUCGCCUGGUUGUGUGCCCGCUAUACAGUUCGGGAUUGCUCCCUGUAUCCCCGUUUCACGGGCCGUUGCACGCCUUAG